AUGGCGCCGGAGACAAAUCAUAUCUGGCUCUGGCUAGGCGUUGCCGCCGUAGGAGGCGUGCUCUACGUCGCCGGCAUCAUCGCCUACCGCAUAUUCUUCCACCCCCUGGCAAAAUACCCAGGCCCCUUUAUCGCAAAGGUCACAGAUGGCUACCAGCUUUAUCACGCAUGGAAGGGUGACCGCCAUCUCGACUUUCACAAGCUUCAUAGCAAAUAUGGCAAAAUCGUGCGCUUCGGACCCAACUCCGUCUCCUUCAACUCCGCGACAUCCCUCAAGGAGAUCUACGGAUUCCGCUCGAACGUCCGCAAGGCCGAAUUCUACAACGCCUUCGUACAUCCCGCAGCGAACACGCACAACACCCGCGACAAGGAGGUCCACGCCCGCAAGCGCCGCGUCCUCGCCCACGCCUUCUCUGACAGCGCCAUGAAGGAGAUGGAGCGUUACAUCCUCGGCAACGUGCGCUCCUUCACCACCGAGAUCGGCCGCGGCGGCUCUCCCGAUGCUAAGGGCUGGUCUUCCACCAAGAACAUGGCCGACUGGUGUAACUACCUCGCCAUGGAUAUCCUUGGUGAUCUGUCGUUCGGCAAGGCGUUCCACAUGCUCGAGGCUCCGGAUAACAGGUUCGCAUUGGAUUUGGUUGCCGCUGCGACUAAGAGGCAUCUUAUCUGCGGCACGAUGCCGAUCGUCGACAAGCUUAAACUUGACAAGUUCCUGUUCCCGACUAUUGCGGCCGGUCGCGCGAGGUACAUGGCGUACAGCAAGGGACAGUUGACGGAGAGAACGAAGCUGGGCGAGGAUACCGACCGCAGAGACUUCUUCUACUACCUCCUCAAGGCGCGUGACCCCGAGACGGGUCAAGGUUUCUCAACUCCUGAGCUUUGGGGCGAGUCGAACCUGCUCAUCAUCGCCGGUUCUGACACCACAUCAACCGCCAUGGCCGCCACAAUCUUCUACCUCGUCCGCAACGCCGACGCCCUCAAGAAAGCCACCGAUGAGGUCCGCAGCAAAUUCACCGACGCCGAGGAGAUCCGCCAGGGCGCCACCCUCAACUCCUGCACCUACCUUCGCGCCUGCAUCGAUGAGGCCAUGCGCCUCUCCCCCUCCGUCGGCGGCCUCCUUCCCCGCGAGGUCCUCACCGGCGGCAUGACCAUCGACGGAGCCCACAUCCCCGCCGGCACUGUCGUCGGAACACCGCACUACACCAUCCACCACAACGAGGACUACUACCCCUCGGCCUACUCGUACAUCCCGGAGCGCUGGAUGGUCGGCGCGACGAACCCGGUCAGCGGACGGCAGACGACAGAGGAGGACGCCGCGAGGGCGCAGAGCGCGUUCUGUCCGUUUUCGAUCGGCGCGAGAGGAUGUAUCGGCAAGGGCCUCGCCUACGCUGAGAUGUCCACGACUAUCGCUCGCACGUUGUUCCUGUACGACAUGCGCAAGGCGGUUGGCAUCGUUGACCCGGCCGAAGGACGGGCUGAUCUGGAGGAGGGGAGGAGGAGGGUUUCGGAGUUCCAGCUGUUCGACACGUUUACGAGUAUGAAGGACGGUCCUCCUAGGCUCCUCACAAUGAAGUUCUUGAGCACCCUUGUCGGCUUCGCCGGCCUCUGCGCCGCUCUUCCCCACAACACCAGGCAGAGCUGGCCCAAUGGCCCUCUUGUGGCUAACGGAGGCGAGGCCGUCGAUGCCUCUGGCAACCGCAUCGUGUUCGCCGGUACCAAUUGGCCCGGCCAUGGCGAGGUCAUGGUCCCCGAGGGUCUGCAAUUCCUCUCUGUCGAGGGCGUCGUUUCGAAGGUCAAGAGCAUUGGCAUGAACGCCAUUCGCCUGACGUACGCCAUUGAGCUUGUCGACCAGAUCUACGCCAACGAUGGCAAGGAUAUCGACCUGAAGACCGCCUUCGUCAACGGUCUCGGUGAGACAAACGGCACUGCCGUUCUGGCUCAGGUUUUGGCCAACAACCCUUCCUUCACGGAGGCAACCACCCGUCUCGAGGUCUACGACGCCAUCGCUGCCGAGUGCGAGAAGCAGCAAGUCUAUAUCCUCCUCGACAACCACAUGUCCAAGGGCAAGUGGUGCUGCUCCGGCGACGACGGAAACACCUGGUGGGGUGACACCGAGUUCAAUGCGACGAACUGGGUCCGCGGCCUGACCUACAUGGCGAACCACGGCAAAUCCUGGCCCGCUUUCGUCGCCAUGUCCCUCCGCAACGAGCUCCGCCAAGCCACCAACAACCCCGACCUCGUCUCCGCCUCCUACCACUGGCAAGACUGGUACAAGUACAUCCAGCAGGGCACCAACGCCAUCAACGGCGCCAACCCCGACGUGCUCAUCUACCUGUCCGGCCUCAAUUACGACACGACCGUCGCGCCCGUCUUCGAGGGCACCGCGCUCGAGCCCGGCACCGAGACCUUCAACCUCGCCGACUUCGAGGGCUACGCCAACAAGCUGGUGCUCGAGAUCCACAACUACGAAGGCUCCAUCGGCAGCUGCGACUCCCUCAAGUAUAACCUGUACCACAAGGGCUUCCAGGCGGCGAACGCCAGCGACCCCGAGACGGUCAAUGUGUUCCCUGUCGCGCUGACGGAGUUUGGGUUCAACAUGAACGAUAACACGUACCAGAAUGUGUACUCCACCUGCUUGUCGGAGUACCUGCCUGAGUACAAGGCCAGUUGGUUUAUCUGGGUGUUGGUUGGAAGCUACUACACCCGCCAGGGCACGCAGAACUUUGACGAGAGCUGGGGAUUGUUGAAGGCUGACUGGUCUGACUGGAGAAACCAGGACUAUGUUGACCAGCAGCUGGCGCCCAUGUGUACGGCAUACGUCUGCGGAAAGGCCCUGUACAACAUCCUCCUUCACCCCCUGCGUCGGUUCCCUGGUCCCAAGGCAUGGACAGUGAGCCGAGUCCGCUAUGCCAUAUCCCAGAUUGGCGGCCGGCCCCACGAAGACAUUCUCCGGCUUCAUGACGAAUACGGCCCCAUCGUGAGGAUUGCCGACAACGAGCUCUCUUUCAUCCACCCCGACGCGUGGAAGGAUAGCAACGGCCACCGCAAAGGAUCGAAGCCCGAAAACGUGAAGGAACCGCUCGCGACUUUGGGUAAUGAGCAUAACCUGUUCGGAGCCAGCCUCGAGGAUCACAGCAGAAUGCGCCGUGUCCUAUCCCAUGGGUUCUCGAUGCAGGCUAUUCUCGACCAGCAGCCACUGAUAUCCGUUCACGUCGACUUGUUCAUCCGGCGGCUUCACGAGCACUGCAAAAAUGGUACGUCUCCCGUCGACAUGGUGACGUGGUAUAAUCUUGUCACGUUCGACAUCAUCAGCGACCUGUCCUGGGGCGAGCCUCUCGGGUGCCUUGCGAAGCAGCAAGAUCAUCCUUGGAUCGCUGCCUUGGGUCGCACCGUCAAGCAUCAGAUGUUCCGCGGUCUCGCUAUGCGCUUUCCCCCCUUCUCCUCUCUGUUGAAGACACUGAUUCCAGUGGAACUGUCCCGCGGUGAAGAAGAGAACUUUGCUCUGGCUGCAGCCAAUGUCGAGAAGCGGAUCGCUGAAGGUGGUUCCCGCCCGGACUUUUUGGAGUCUAUGCUCCGACAGAAGGGUGAAAAGGCAAGUCUCUUCACGAUUGAGAGGCGCGAGAUAGACAGCAACAGCUUCCUUCUCAUGCUGGGCGGGUCCGAGACGUCGGCGACGGCGCUGUCUGCUGUUACGUUCUUCGUCACGUCUCAUCCAAAAGUCAUGGAACGGCUUACCCAUGAAGUUCUUUCAGCUUUCCCAAGAGAGGAAGACAUUGACGUUCACUCCGUUCAGAAGCUCCCGUAUCUUCUCGCCGUCCUGGAUGAGACUCUCCGGCUAAACCCACCGCUUCCUCACACAUCACCACGCGUGGUACGCAAAGGCGGCGACGAGUUUUGUGGGUAUUUUGUGCCCGAGGGUACCGUUAUCAGCAUCCCCCAUUGGGCAAUGUACCACAGCUCGCGUAACUUCACUGAGCCCAAAUCCUUUAUUCCAGAGCGCUGGCUGGGCGAUCCCCGGUUCGAAAACGAUCAGAGAGAGGGUCGUAAGCCCUUUUCUUUCGGGCCCAGAAAUUGCAUUGGAAUGAAUCUUGCGUAUAUUGAGAUGAGAACUAUUCUGGCCAGAGUCAUCUGGAACUUCGAAAUGCGGCUGGCUGACGAGAGCAAGAGUUGGACACAGGGACAACAGGCGUGGGUUGUUUGGGAGAAGCCUGAGCUAAUGGUGUACCUGACGCCUCGUGGCCGGUCUGUUUGA